CUGCCUCUUGCUCCGUGCUUUUAUUUUGAAAAUCUGUGAGCGGAUGUGUCUGUGUCGUGAGCAGCCUGUUAGCAUGUUAGCCUGUUAGCUCGUGAGUUAGGCACAGAUGGCGCGCGUGGUGCUCGGGGCGGAGCUGCGCACUUUGACAGAGUGUCAGUACAGUCACCCCUCACAGACUCUGUCUGAUGUUCGGUUGGUUCGUUCGUGUUUUUCUGAUCUUCGUCUUUACGUCGAUUUUUACCGUUUCCCAAACAAACAGAAGAAGAAGCUGGUUUACCUGGCCGGGACGCUUCCUGUCCAUUAUGAAGGAAGUGAGUACAAUAUCCCAGUGUGCAUCUGGCUUCAUGAGACCCACCCAGUGACCCGACCUCGCUGUUAUGUCUGUCCCUCCGUUUCCAUGGUGAUCAACCCGUCCUGUCCCUGCGUGGAUGCCUCUGGUAACAUCAGCCUCGACGGACUGAAGACCUGGACCCACGGCGUGUCCAACCUGUCACUGCUCGUGUCAGAGAUGAGACAGGCCUUCCAGAAGGACACACCCCUUUAUGCCAGACCUGCUGUACAAGCCCCGCCCCCAACAGCCCCGCCCUCUGCAGGUGUACAGGUGCCUCAGUCAGCUGGAAGGUCAGAGAGUUCAGCUCCUUCAUCGUGUCGCCAUGACACAUCACUGAAUAUUGCCAGCCAAUGGGAGCAGAGCAGGCUGGUGAGGUCAUACACUGAGGAGCUGGAGGGGAUCGACUUCAGCGCUCCUCUUCCUCCUUCCUCUUCCUCCAACAACCCCUUCCAUACCUCCUCCUCCUCAGGUGCCCCCCUUGUAGAGCCUCUCAGCAGAGUGAUGGGAGCUCUGAGGCUGGACAGAGAGUCCAGCAGAGACCAGUAUGGUUGGUCACCUGUCCAAACAGUCCAAUCAGAAGUAGCCAGAGUCAGACACACUACAGGUUCUGUGGUUCUGGGUCCAGGUUCUGGACUAGCCGCUGAAUCUUAUCAGGACCUCUGUACUGAGAGACUACAAUCCCAAACAGGAGCUGGAGUGGACCACAUCAAGAUGGCGGCUCGUCUUCCUCCGGACCAGGCGGCCAUCUUCCUGUCUCUGAUGACCAUGGAGGGGCGGAGCUUCAGCCCGUGUGAUGUCAUAGAGGCAGUCCAGCUCAACAGAGAUUUCCCAUCAGCCCUCAAGUUCCUGACGCACAGCUGCCCCAUCUGUCAGGAGCAGGUGACCUUUAGCAAGAUCGUCACGAUGACUCACUGCUCCUGCUUCCUGUGUCAGACGUGUUUUAAGACGUUUUUCUCUGCGGCCAUUAAAGAGAAGAGUGUCGAUCAGCUGGUGUGUCCUCAGUGUGGACGACCUGAGGUCAGAGGUCAGGGCGGGAUGGAGGAGUUCAUGGACUACUUCAACCUGCUCGACACACAGAUCCGUCACUUCCUGCCACCUCAGAUCCAUGAACUAUUCCAGAGGAAGCUCAGAGACAAAGCUCUGCAGGACAUGCCGAACUUCCGUUGGUGUGCUCAUUGUUCGUUCGGCAUGCUCCAUGAAGCCGACAGGUUAAGGAUGGACUGUCCGAGCUGUAAGAAGAGUACCUGCAGUCAGUGCAGAUCACCUUGGUUCCCUCAACAUCAAGGACUAUCCUGUCACCAGUUUAGAGUCUGGCAGCAGCAAAACCAGCCGGACCACCACAAGACAACCCUGCUAAGCUAUAAAAGCAUUGAGUGUCCAAAUUGUCAGUUUGUCUUCGGUCUGUCUAAAGGAGGCUGUCUUCACUUCACCUGCACUCAGUGUCAGCAUCAGUUCUGUGGGGGCUGCAGUCAGGCCUUCACCCCCGGAUCUGCCUGCGGUUUCUCUGCUGACUGUGGAACCAAAGGUCUUCACGCACACCACCCCAGAGACUGCCUAUACCACCUGAGGGACUGGACUGUGGCCCGUCUACACCUGCUCCUUCAGUAUUGCAGAGUGUCUCCUGCCUGGUUAGAAUCAGCUAAUGACAGUUCACCUGACACCAGUCGGACAGGGGUGUGUGUGGUUUUGGAGCUCAGAGAUGACGGCAGCAGAUGGGAGGAGCCCUGUGGACGUCAGGCCCCCCCAGAGUACAGAGGAUACUGCCAGUUACACUAUAAAGAGUGUUUGGUGGAGCUGAUUAACCGUUGCCGUGCCGACCCAGCAGUCCUCUUCAGUCCGGCAGAGAUGAUGGCGGAGCUGCAGCGCUGGCACGUCGCUGUGCCGACCAGAAAACCAGAAGAACCGGAGCCACUGUACGUGCACCGCCUCCGCAUGACUCUGACCAAUAGCGUUCCUCUCCGGAAGCAGCGCCGCUCUCCUCUCAAACCCAACGACGACCUCUGUCCUCUAACCUCCACUCUGGCUCCUGGAGCUCCACUUCCUCAUAUGCUGCUGAGUGACUAACCCCACCGACUCGGUACAUGGCAGCCAAUCAGGAAGCAACAUUCUGUGUCACCAUAGUAACAACAAACAUUUAUUUCCAGGGGAAAAAGUGUUCUGACCACGCCGGUCCUACUAACAAGACUAAAAUCAAAAUCCUCACCCGUCUAAUACCAGUGGCAUCAUCAUUGGCAUCUGAUUGGCUCGCAGUUACCGUGGAAGCAGAACAAGGAGAACAUGGAAUUAAUGAUGUUAACUAGUCUUCUCUCAGCAUGUGUUAGCUCUGUUGACAUGUUUGGAUAAAUGUUCAGUAAAUAUCUAAAAUAUUUU